AUGAAAAUAACAUGUUUAGGAGAUCUGGAUUCCCGGUACGGUGGUGGAGAUUCCCAACCACUGGGAAACUCAGGAUCUGCGAACAGAGAGAGGAGAAGUUUGUUGAAGGUUGAUGAAGAUGAAGAAAAGGUUCUUGAGUCAAGGAGGAGAAAGAUUCAGAAUGAUGGUUAUGUGCAGGAUGCGAGGUCCGGUUUUUGUAAUGACCAGUAUGAAACAUGGCAUUUAGUGGUGAGGAUGGACAUGGAGAUGGAUCCGUAUGGCAUGGCAUGA